GAGGCGGCCAUUGGCGUCCGGCGAGCACGUGACCCACAGGGGCGUUGCCCUUCGGACCGCCCACCUCGCCCCCCACGCCACUCUUCCUCUCCCACUUUGCAUCUGGUGCAUCUUUGGCCCGAUCACCUGGACGCUCCUCACCUGACAGGUGACCCAGACGCAGACUGCCCAGCUGAAAGAGACCUUCGUGGAUUUUCCUUCUUUAAAAAACGAAUUAUAAAGCAAUUAAAGUUUACUUACCAUUGGAGUUGCCGCAGAGUUCCUGUCACAAGUGUGGUCACACUGGGAUGGAUUCCUUUUCUUCUUCCUUGGUGGCCAAUUUGGACACAGUGGACCCAAAGUUACAGCAUUUCAUUGAGGUGGAAACUCAGAAGCAGCGCUUCCAGCAGCUGGUGCACCAGAUGACUGGACUUUGUUGGGAGAAAUGCAUGGACAAGCCUGGGCCAAAGUUGGACAGUCGGUCUGAGGCCUGUUUUGUGAACUGCGUUGAACGCUUCAUUGAUACGAGCCAAUUCAUCUUGAAUCGACUGGAACAGACCCAGAAAUCCAAGCCAGUCUUCUCAGAAAGCUUUUCUGACUGAUCUCAGCAUUACCUUUUGGGAAAAAGAAGGUAGUUCAAGAAAGGAAGAGCUGUUGAUGGGAUAGUUGAAGAAUUGACUAUGGGGCAUUGCCUCCCCCCACCCCCACCCCACCUUUGGUCACUUGUGGGACAUCGUGUCAUCUGAGAAUAAACAAAGACCAAUUGUUUUGUGUGGGGUUUGAGGGUCAUAUGUGUAUUUGGUUGUGUUUUUUAAUGUUAAUCUUGUAAAAAUAAUUGACAGAAAACCAUUAGCUGCAUAUUACUGAGUAUAAGACUGCUUUUUCUCAAGGUCUCCUUAACAGCUAUAAUUUUGAUAGUGGAAUUGCUUUCUAUAACUUGAUGUUGGAAUCUCAUAAGUAAAAUCUCUAUUUGUGUGAAUUUAUUUAAUAUUUUUAGAGAGAUCUUUGUGUCUGAAAAGAAGACAGUGGGAGAGUGUGAUUUGGUACUUAAUUUGGCCUCCUUGUCUAGUUUUUGACUACCAGUGCU